AUGAUAAUCAUAAUCAUACCCAGAGUCACAGUCAGAGUCAGAGCCAUAGGCAGAGUCAGAGUCAGAGCCAUAGGCAAAGUCAGAGCCAUAGGCAGAGUCAGAGUCAGAGUCAUAGGCAGAGUCAGAGUCAGAGUCAUAUGCAGAGUCAGAGCCGUAGGCAGAGUCAGAGUCAGAGCCAUAGGCAGAGUCAGAGCCAUAGGCAGAGUCAGAGUCAGAGCCAUAGGCAGAGCCAUAGGCACAGCCAUAGGCAGAGUCAGAGUCAGAGUCAGUCAGAGUCAGAGCCAUAGGCAGAGCCAUAGGCAGAGUCGGAGUCGGAGUCGGAGUCGGAGUCAGAGUCAGAGUCAGAGUCAGAGUCAGAGUCAGAGUCAGAGUCAGAGUCAGAGUCAGAGUCAGAGUCAGAGUCAGAGUCAGAGUCAGAGUCANAUGAUAAUGAUAAUCAUAAUGAUAAUCAUAAUGAUAAUCAUAAUCAUAAUCAUACCCAGAGUCAGAGUCAGAGUCAGAGCCAUAGGCAGAGUCAGAGUCAGAGCCAUAGGCAGAGUCAGAGCCAUAGGCAGAGUCAGAAGUCAGAGCCAUAGGCAGAGUCAGAGCCGUAGGCAGAGUCAGAGUCAGAGUCAGAGCCAUAGGCAGAGUCAGAGUCAGAGCCAUAGGCAGAGUCUGAGUCAGAGUCAGAGCCAUAGGCAGAGCCAUAGGCAGAGUCAGAGUCAGCAGAGUCGGAGUCGGAGUCGGAGGCGGAGUCGGAGUCGGAGUCGGAGUCGGAGUCAGAGCCAGAGCCAGAGUCAGAGUCAGAGUCAGAGUCCGAGUCCAAGUCCGAGUCAGAGUCCGAGUCCGAGUCCGAGUCCGAGUCCGAGCCCGAGCCCGAGCCCGAGCCCGAGCCCGAGUCCGAGUCCGAGUCGCAGUCGCAGUCGCAGUCGCAGUCGCAGUCGUAGUCGUAGUCGUAGUCGUAGUCAUAGUGAUAGGGAUAGCGAUAGCGAUAGCGAUAGGGAUAACUUGCUACAAGACUUCUACAAGACUUUUGGAGCAAAAGAGUCUCCGACAUUGUCGUACGGGGAAGAUGAACCCCUGCGACGCGACUUCGAUAUCCAGUACUACGAGGAUUGGUGCCGUCGAAGGUAA